CGGGCCGUUUCAGAACAUCACCGCUCAAGAAAAAGAAAAAAGCUUAAUAGCAAAGAGAGACGGAAUCUGCUUUGGCCGAUUAUCAACUUUGAGGGGAAGGAAUCAAACGGACGACGAUGGCGGAAGAGGGACAAGUGAUCAGCUGCCACACUGUUGAUUCAUGGAACGAGCAGCUGCAGAUAGCUAACGCGUCCAAGAAGCUGGUGGUGGUGGAUUUCACAGCUUCAUGGUGCGCGCCAUGUCGUUUUAUUACACCAGUCCUGGUAGAGCUUGCUAAGAAGAUGCCCCAAGUCACAUUCUUGAAGGUGGAUGUGGAUGAAUUGAAGACUGUGGCUCAGGAUUGGGCUAUCGAGGCAAUGCCAACUUUUAUCUUUCUCAAAGAGGGCACAAUAAUUGACAAGGUUGUGGGUGCAAAGAAAGAUGAAUUGCAACAGAAAAUAACCUCACAUUCUAGCAUGCUUGCUUGAUGCAGAGAAGCAUGAAUCAAGGUUUAGUUGUACUCCUUGAAGUCUGAAGUUGUUUCUGAAACUAGAAUGUUACUUAUGGAUCUCAUAAAAUAACUGUAUCUUGGAUAGAUACUUAAUAAUGUGUGAUUUUAGUUGUAUUUGGCUAACUUCGGCUUCUGCCCCUUGUUUCUAUAUGAAUACAAUCUUAUGUUCAAAUUAGUCUCAUGUUUUCUGAUA